AUGCCUUUGAGCAGAGCGGCGCUGGGCUUUCUCGGCCUAUUCUUCACAGCCUCAGCUCUACUGCUGAUGUUCCUCACCAUUCUCGGUGGAGCAAAGAACUCGAACCCUUUGAACCAGAUCUAUCUGCUUCAGGUCGACACGAGCAAUAUCCCCGGUGCCCCCGAUCUAUCUCGAUGGACCUUCUGGAAUCUCUGUCGUGUCGAUGCAGAUGGGAAGAGUCAGUGUGGAAAGUCGUACCCCGAUUUCCCCUUUGACCCGCCAAGUCACCGAAACUUCGACACUACGACCAACAUUCCGCCAGAGUUCGUUGGAUCGAAGCACUACUUCCUGACUUCUCGGUUCAUCUUCCCCUUCCUGAUCAUCGCCCUGUUCUUCGCCGUGGUGUCCCUCUUCACCGGAUUCCUGGCCAUGUGCACCCGCAUUGGAAGCUACCUCUCGUCCCUCAUGGCGUGGGUUGCUCUGUUCUUCCAGAUCAUCGCUACCUCUCUAAUGACCGCCGUCUUCGUCCAGGGCCGUAACAGAUUCAGCUCUAACGGCCAGGUCGCCAAGCUCGGUGUCAAAUCGUUCGCCUUCAUGUGGACCGCGGUGGCUUGUCUUCUCUUGUCUUGCGUCCUGUACUGCAUGGGCGGCGCUGUCGGCAAGCAAGAGAAAGGAUACAGUGGGCGCGAGCACCGACGUCGUGGCUUCUUCUCCACCCAGCGAUCUCGCAGCGUUCGGAGCAACAAGGAGGCGAACCCAUAA